AAACUUUCUCAUUAAAUUCGUAUCUGUAUUUUUCAUAGCUUAUUAGAAGAAUCAGUAAAGACCAAAGGAACAAAUGAAGAAAACCUACAUAUAAACACAAAAAUAGGAAGGAGUUUGCGAUACAGUUUUUGCUGAAAGUGAAGGACUUAUUCACACGUUCCUUGAAUAUAAAAAUCAGGACAUUUAAGGUUUUUAAAGAGGAAUCAGCAAAAAGCAGAAUCUAAGCUGAGUGUGUGAGACAAGAAUAAUGGAGUUGAUAACAGAAGAAGGGGACAGACGAACUGCACCAGAAAACCAGGAUGAUAAUCAUUACCAAUUGAAAGAAAAGGGAGAGAACUUGACAUGCACCGACACUCACGAAGUGGAUGGGGAUGAUGAAAUAAAGCUACUAAAACUUACUCAAGAAAAUGCGGAAUUAAAAAUUGCCAUGAGAGAAAAGGAUGCAUCACUGAUGCUAUUCAAUGGUGAAAUUAAGAAAAGAGAUGAUUUAAUAAUUAUAAAAGAAAAGAAAUCCUUAAGACUUCUCAAUGAAAUACACAAAUUAGAGAAAAAAGUGAAAGAUAUUCUUCUCGAAAAAGACCACAUUAAUAUUAAAUUGUAUAACAGUCAAGAUAACACUCAAUAUCAAUACAAAAUUAAUGAGGGUCUUUUGGGAAAGCUGAAAGAAAUGAAAGAUGCAGGAAAAAAGAAAGAUAAUGAUAUUAGGGAGCUACAAAAUUUAAAGAUACGUCUUGAAGAGACUAUGAAGGAAUUAACAAAGGAUAAUAAAAAACUUAUAAGGAAAAUAAAGGACAAAGAUAUUCUAAUGAGAGAAACUUUAGCUGACGAUAAAAAGAAACUUAAAGAACAAAAUGAUGAAAUUAUGGAAUUAAAUAGAGUUCAGAAAAAGAAAAAAAAGAAGGCUAACUACCUAAAAAAUGAGCUGGAAAAAUGUAAAGAAGAAAAUAAAAAGCUUCAGCAAUCUCUGCAAAUAAGAAAUAAUAUGUAUUUGUUUAUCAUUCUUAUGCUCCUAAUUCUGAUAUUUUCAUUGAUAUUAAUUUAUCCGAUGUCAACGUAUUCCUGGUAUCAUCCAGGUACUAUUAUAAUGAUGGCAGCAAUUGCUGUGAUGACAAAUAAAUUGUUCAUAAAUGGUAAAAAUAUCAUUAUUUGGUAUAAUAAGAUUGUAAAGUAAAAUAGCUUAAAGUAGAACAAUGUGAAGACAAUAGAGUAAAUAAAACACAUUCUCAAGAUAAACAUUUAGUAUUUUGUCAUUUAUUCUGAUUUCAUGUUUGUCAAUAUUAAACUAAUUUGAUGUUGUAGGUAGGAGAGAAAAAUACAUGUGGCAUAUGCCAUUACUUUGGUCUAAUUCAUGGCCCUGUCAC